AUGGGUGGAGAAGAGAAGAAUUACGACUCCGGAAACGACGCUGCUGGCGCAGCCAGCCUGGGCGAGCUUCAGGGGUUCCUUGGUGGCGACGGCGGCAACCACGUCGUGGAGCUGGAGCAGAUGCCGGCGGCGUCGCCAUCGCUCGUUCUGGCUUUCUCCGGGCUCUCCUACAGCGUGAAGGAGCCCGGAAGGAGGUCCUUCUUGGGUCGGCGCCGCCGCCGCCUCGCCGCCUCCUCCCCGGUGGAGGACCUGAGAUGGAAGGCGAAGACGAAGACGGUGCUCGACUCGAUCUCCGGGGAGGCGAGAAAAGGAGAGAUCCUAGCCGUGUUGGGCGCCAGCGGCUCGGGGAAGUCAACCCUAAUCGACGCCCUCGCUAACCGGAUCGCCAAGGAGAGCCUCAAGGGGUCCGUCACCAUCAACGGGAAGAUCCUUGACAGCGAACUGCUGAAGGUCAUCUCGGCGUACGUCAUGCAAGACGAUCUCCUCUUCCCCAUGCUGACGGUGGAGGAAACCCUUAUGUAUUCGGCAGAGUUUCGCCUGCCGAGAACCAUCUCCAGGGCCAAGAAGAAGGCCCGCGUGGAAGUCCUCAUCGACCAGCUCGGGCUACGAAGCUCUGCGACGACCAUCAUCGGCGACGAGGAGCACCGGGGGGUUUCAGGAGGCGAGCGGCGGCGGGUCUCCAUCGGCACCGAUAUCAUCCACGACCCGAUAAUCCUCUUCAUGGACGAACCCACAUCGGGGCUCGACUCUACUUCGGCGUUCAUGCUGGUGAGGGUUCUGAAGCGGAUCGCUCGCAGCGGCAGCAUCGUGAUUAUGUCGGUGCACCAGCCGAGCUAUCGAAUCCUCCGGCUCCUCGACCAGCUUCUCUUCCUCUCCCGAGGCCAGGCCGUCUACAGCGGCAACCCCGACGAUCUCAUCCGGUUCUUCGCCGAGUUUGGCCAGCCGAUUCCGGAGAGUGAGAUGCGCUGCGAGUUCGCCCUCGACCUCAUCCGCGAGCUCGAGUGUUCUCCGAAGGGGACAGGAGCCCUCGUUGAUUUUUACAGAAACUGGGAGAGGACGAAACACCAGCAGCAGCACCAGCACCAUCAGACCAGGUCUGGGUUCUCUUCCCUUCAGGAGGCCAUCAACGACAGCAUCGCACGGGGGAAGCUGGUGUCUGGUUUGGUCCAGGGGACAAAGGCCACAGUGGCGACCUUCGCCAACCCUUUCUGGGUGGAGAUGUGGGUGCUCACCAAGCGGUCCUUCACCAACAUAUUGCGCAUGCCGGAGCUCCUCGCCAUCCGCCUCGGCGCCGUGCUGGUCACCGGCGUCAUCCUCGCUACCAUCUUCUGGCGACUCGACAGUUCCCCCAAGGGUGUCCAGGAGCGGCUUGGCUUCUUUGCCUUCGCCAUGACCACCACUUUCUUCGCCUGCAUCGAAGCCCUCCCCGUGUUCCUCUACGACCGCUGCGUCUUCAUGCGAGAGACGGCCUACAACGCCUACAGACGGUCCUCCUACGUCCUGUCCAAUUCCGUCGCCUCCGUCCCCUCGCUACUCCUCCUCUCCGCCGUCUUCGCCGCCACCACCUUCUUCGCGGUGGGCCUGGUGGGGGGACUCUCAGGCUUCUUCUUCUACUUCUUGAUCAUCUUAGCCUGCUUCUGGGCAGGCAGCUCCUUCGUCACCUUCCUCUCCGGCGUGCUCUCCCACGUCAGUAUGGGCUUCACAGUCGCCGCGGCGACGCUCGCCUACUUCCUCCUCUUCAGCGGUUUCUUCAUCACCAGAGAGAGGAUCCCCUCCUACUGGCGGUGGUUCCACUAUCUCUCUCUGGUAAAGUAUCCCUUCGAAGCUGUGAUGCACAACGAGUUCGACGAUCCCAACAGGUGCCUCGUCACGGGGUCGCAGAUCUUCGACAACUCCCCGCUGCGUGAUCUGCCUCACGGGACCAAGAAGAGGCUGCUGGCGGCCAUGAGCGAGGUCCUCCAUGUGAAAAUCUCCGACCGCACCUGCCUCGCCAGAGGGGCGGACGUCCUCCGCCAGCAAGGGAUCACCGGCUUGAGCAAGUGGGGCUGCCUCUUGGUCACUGUCGCCUGGGGAUUCUUCUUUAGGGUUCUCUUCUACUUCUCCCUCUUGCUGGGCAGCAAGAACAAGAGGAGGUGA